AUGGUUCCUCACGCUGAGUACAACGUUCCUCACGCUGAAGACAACGUUCCUCUCGCUCAGGACAAGGUUCCUCACGCUGACGACGAGGAUCCUCACGCUGAAAACAAGGUUCUUUAGUUUGAGGAAAAAGUUCUUCACGCUGAGGUCAAGGUUCCCACGCUGAGGAGAAGGUUCCUCGCGCUGAGGACAAGGUCUCUCACCCUGAGGACAACGUUCCUCACGCUUUGGACAAGGUACCUCACCCUGAGGACAGGUUUCCUCACGCUGAGGACAAGAUUCCUCACCCUGAGGACAAGGUUGCUCACGCUGAGAACAAGGUUCCUCACUCUGAGGACAAUGUCCCUCACCCUGUGGACCACGUUCCUCACGCUUUGGACAAGGUUCCUCACGCUGAGGACAAGGUUCCUCACGGUGAGGACAAGGUUUCUCACGCUGAGGACAACGUCCCUCACGCUGAGGACAACGUUCUUUACGCUAAGGGCAAGGCGCCUCUCGCUGGGACAAGGUUCCUCACGCUGACGACAAGGUCCUCUCGCUGA